AUGUACCGCAUCAACGCCCAGAGCCGCGCCUUCGAGGACCAGUGCAUGCGUCAGGGCAUCCCGUACCGGCUUGGUCGGCGGGGUGCGCUUCUACCACCGCAGGAGAUCAAGGACGCGGUCUGCUACCUGCGCGUGGUCUUCAACCCCGACGAUGAGGUCAGCCUCCAACGCGUCAUCACCAACCGCCGCGAGGGCCUGGGCGCAAAGUCGGUCCAGCACUGA